CCCGAGCAGCGAGCGACGCGCACAUCCCCGUCGCCAGCGCCCUCUACCGCCGCCGAGCGACACGCGAAACCCAGGAUCCACGACCAAGAAUCAGUGCGCAAGUCAUCAACAAUCAUUUAAAGCUGAGAAAAUUCAACGGAACUAGCAAGUCAUCAAAGUUACCAUAUCACCAAAGUAAUCCAGUCAUCGAUUAAACUUAAUCAUAGCACAUUACCAAGAAAACUACGUGUUUGUUCUAGAUCAGUGCGCAAGUCAUCAACAAUCAUUAAGAGUCGAGAAAAUUCAACGGAACUAGCAAUUCAUCAAAGUUACCAUAUCACCCAAGUAAUCUAGUCAUCGAUAAAACUUAGUCAUAGCACAUUACCUACUAAGAAAGCUACAGAAAAAGCAAGAAUCAAACUCUCGUAGUAACAUCUUUCGUUUAAACUGUCUUAGUCUGUAUGUAGGUAUUGAUCAACUAUCAUGUCACCGACCACAACUUACACGAUGAGAGGCCACGAUUCGCACGGAAAGGGAAACGAAUAAACUAAAAAUGGGUGAGGACCCUAGUUUUUGAAUGAGCGGGUCGAUCCGAUAGUGGAAACAUGAAGCACCGGCUGUCGAUGCUGAGUAAUUUCUUCUACCACCUGCGCAAGCGCUUAAAGAACAAAGCGAAGCGGAACAAAUACGACGUGUUGAGGUAAUCAAGAAGAAGAAAGGACGAUGCACAAGUUCGCGGAGCAACUCUUGAACCGGCUCAACGAGCUGGAGGAGCUGGAAGCGCUCAAAGACCAGGCCUUCCAAGACGACGCCCCCGCCGACGACGCCGAGGGUGAGAGCUCGAAAGGGGACCAAGACCAGGAGCCCUCCCGCACGCGGAAGUUCUUCCUGGACCCGAUCCGACGCUGGAACUCGUUCCACAACUCCCGCGAGCGGAAGCAGAAGAAGUGCCCGAACAACCUGCCCUACCUCCAGGCCCUGACCCAGCUGCGGAACCAGCAGGAGAAGGGCAUCAACCCGAAGGCCUACUCCUCGAAGAGCUUCAAGGACAAGCUCGUGCAGAGCCAGCCGUGCUCGCCCAAGUUCAGCAAGCCGAUGGUGAUGCCGAUCCGGGUGGCCGCCCGCACGGCGACGCUGUCCCUGACGAAGCUGGACCGGCUCUCGGGGAUCUCCCUGUCGGCCCGGCUCCAGGCGGUGACGAACAAGAAGUCGCGGCGGACCUCGUCCGACUCGUGCUACGAGACGGAGUCGCGGCUCGCCCACCACGACAAGGCCCUCUCGACGAGCAACCCGGAGGACGUGGCCAAGGGGGCCAAGGACGGCGAGCGGACGAUCGAGACGCAGAAGUCCGUCUCGGACGAGUCGGAGCUGGCCGGGAGCGCCCGGAGCAGCGGGCUCGGCAUCGGCGGCGGGGCCUCCGAGGUGGGUCUGGGCCUCGGCCUGGGCCUCAGCGCCGGGUCGUCGUCGGGCAAGGAGGCCCACGAGAAGGGCCACGACAAAGGCAAGAGGAUGCGCACCAACUCGAUGCCCGUCACCGAGUGGGCGGUCAAGCCCUGCAAGACGGCCCCGCGCAUCAUGGAGCUCCGCGUCGAGGAUGCCAUCAGCACGCCCAGUCGAAGUUUCGGGAAGAGGACUGGGGGCAGCGCGCGAAGACCUAACGAAUGUUUCGUUCUCGAACCGUCCGAGAUGAUAGUCAUUGACUAUCCAGAAGUUGCAGGGGCUCGGACUGGAUCCAACACCCGCGUCCCGGCCGUCAUGGACCGGGGCGUCAGCUUAGUCUUCGAUGAAACCUUUGGUACAAGGCCGGAGUUGUACCAGAAGAGCAACCGCAGCUCGCACUCUUCGGAUACGAGCUCAGCUUACUCUGGCAGUGAUACAAUGACAAGCGUCCACAGCUCUGUAGAAGCAGACGAAGUCGAUCUCUCCGGUCUGGUCGAAUCAAUAGUCGACUCAGAUGAAGAAGAUCUUGGAGAGAGCACAGAUAGCCUUGCCGUGCGAGAUACUGUGCGAGAAUGCUUGGAGAAAGAUCCCUCAGAACGAACAGAGGAUGAUGUAGAAAUCUUACUAGAAUUCACACAGCAUCUCAAAGCAUUCACAAACAUGACCUUAGCUGUGCGCCGAGCGCUCUGUAGUGUCAUGGUGUUUGCUGUGGUUGAGAAAGCUGGUACCCUGGUUAUGAACGAUGGUGAAGAACUGGACUCCUGGAGUGUUCUUAUCAAUGGCCACGUUGAAGUUGAACAUAGCAAUGGUUGCACUGAGCAGCUCCAUCUUGGUGAUAGUUUUGGCAUUUUACCAACAAUGGACAAACUUUACCAUCGUGGAGUAAUGCGAACAAAAUGUGACGAUUGUCAAUUUGUAUGUGUAACACAAACCGAUUACUACCGCAUUCAGCAUCAAGGCGCAGAAAACACCAGGCGGCACGAAGAUGCUCAGGGACGACUCGUUAUGGUCACAGAGCAGCGAGGCGCUUUAGACCAAGGAAGAAGAGGCCACGUUGUUAUUAGGGGAACUCCCGAACGGUUAAUGUUACAAUUAAUCGAAGAAAAUUCCGUGAUAGACCCAACUUAUGUUGAAGACUUUUUACUCACUCACCGUACCUUUAUAGAUAGUUCUAUUUUAGUAGCCAAUCAACUUUUACAAUGGUUUGAAGAACAAAGUGCGCGCGAUCGCGUGACAAGGGUAGUCUUACUAUGGGUUAACAAUCACUUCACUGACUUUGAAACGGAUCCAAUCAUGAUGGAGUUCCUGGAGAAGUUUGAAGCUGGUCUUGAGUCUGAGUCGAUGGACAGUCAACUCAGAUUGCUGAACAUCGCAUGUGCAGCCAAAGCUAGAGCUAGAACAAUUACACUUGCACGACCUUCGCGAGAUGAGGUUCUUCAUUUUUCUGUACUGGGCGGCUAUGAACGAGGCUUCGGAAUCUUCAUCUCUAAGGUUGACAAGCGGUCUAAAGCGGAGGAUGUUGGUUUGAAACGUGGAGAUCAAAUUUUAGAAGUAAAUGGUCAAAGUUUUGAGCAUGUUAGUCAUAAAAGAGCACUGGAGGUGUUACGAGGCACCACCCACCUUAGCAUCACCGUUAAAUCCAAUUUACUAGUUUUUAAAGAAAUGUUGUCAACACCUGACAACUCUCCGCGCUCGAGAGGCGGUCGAGCGAAAACAGCUGGAGAAAUAGCUAGAUUACAAGCUGAUCCUCGGGCACGGGGGGACCACCACACGCAUGCACCCAUGCCUCCUCCUCCGCCAUCACCCAGCGCCAAGACACCUGCGCAUAAAUCAAGCUCCGGGGGUGGUUUCAUGACUCUUGGCCCAAAGAAACGCCUGCAGAAAGCACUCAUGAAAAUGAAUAUCUUGCCAAAGAACAUCAUAACAGACGUUUGCGAUGACAGUUCCAUCCCCCACCAUCAGACGCACAAUGCCUCCCUGUACCAGCACUCGCACUCCAACCCUGAUCUAAUGUCGAUAUGUUACGACGACUUGCGGACCGACUACCCAGAACAUGUGUUAAAGGUCUAUAAGUCGGAUCAAACGUGCAAGUACCUGUUAGUUCACAAAGAAACAACAGCUCAUGAGGUCGUCAUGUUGGCACUUCAAGAGUUUGGUAUCACGGAACCCAGUUCCAAUUUCUCUUUAUGUGAGGUCUCAGUUGCUGAGGGUGGAAUCAUCAAGCAGAGACGCUUACCUGAUCAGUUGCAAAAUUUGGCAGAAAGAAUAGGCUUAAGUAGCAGGUAUUACUUGAAAAUGAAUGGAAGCACGGAAACAUUGGUGAGCGAUGACCUAGCAAGUGAACUGGUUCGGGAGAGUCAAGUGCACUUUUUACAGUUGAAUGCAGUGGAAGUUGCCAUUCAACUGACGCUUCAAGAUUUCAGUAUCUUUCGGCAAAUAGAGUCAACGGAGUAUGUGGACGAUCUUUUUGAUUUGAAGAGUCGCUAUGGAACACCAAUGCUGUCUCAGUUUGCCGAACUCGUAAACCGUGAAAUGUUUUGGGUGGUGACGGAAGUCUGCUCAGAGCACAAUCUAGUCAGGCGAUCAAAGAUUAUCAAGCAGUUUAUCAAGGUGGCGCGUCAGUGCAAAGAGUGUAAGAAUUUCAACUCUAUGUUCGCAAUUAUCUCCGGGUUGGGCCAUGGAGCUGUUAGCAGGUUAAGACUAUCAUGGGAAAAGUUACCGAGCAAGUACCAGCGAUUAUUUAGCGAUCUCCAAGACCUAAUGGAUCCAUCGCGCAAUAUGAGCAAAUAUCGGCAGUUGAUCUCUAGUGAACAAACUCAACCGCCAAUCAUUCCAUUUUAUCCAGUGGUGAAGAAAGAUCUAACCUUCAUUCAUUUAGGCAACGACUCACGAGUUGAGGGUUUGAUCAAUUUCGAGAAACUUAGAAUGAUUGCAAAAGAAGUUCGUACUCUGACAAAUAUGUGUUCAUCACCUUAUGAUCUCUUAACAAUGUUAGAAUUAGGAGGUCAACCACCAUCGAGUGCGAUGGUAGCGCUUAAUCAGCUCACAACGGGAGCUGCCAUUGGACAACAAGGUGUUACAACUGUCAAGCGACGGAAAAAGUCUGCUGGCGCUCCCAACCCUAAGAAGAUGUUCGAAGAGGCCCAAAUGGUGCGGCGUGUUAAAGCAUACUUGAACAAAAUGAAAGUUGUGGUAGAUGAGGACAAGCUACACGCUUUGUCGCUGGAAUGCGAAGGGAGCGGAAGUGGAAGCGGCCUCGGGCCGACGCCAGGAAGCGUGCCCAUUCGAAAGCGACACCCAUCACCCACCCUCUCCACGACUAGUUCGACCAGCUCCACCAGCGAAGGCAGGAAAAACAGAGCCCCCAAAUUCGGGUCAGCUUCGCCGCAGGCUGUUCGCAAGUUGCUCUCUCUUAGUGAAACGGGUAAAACAAGGCCUCAUCAGCCACGGCACCCUCCGCCAUCGCCAAGCCCAGGAGCGCCGCGCCGCAUCACAGGGGUCGGAGUGAACACGCACGAGCGUUCGCACAGCGACACUAGUGGUGGCGUACUCCCCCACUUCCACCCCCCUCCGCUCCUCUCAUCAGUAGAUCUGAAUGCGGAAAGCUCAAGCGUCACUAGUCUCUCUAACCUUCCGCUUAGAAAAACAUUGACAUCAGGGUCAGUAACCUCCAGUGAUUCUGGCAACUCGACCCAGCUCGAUUCCCAUUCGAAUAGCUCUGUAGAAACGACCGUUACCGGCGCGUCGCCGCCCUCACAAAUGAGACGCCAUUCUGUGAUGCAACCACCUGGCUAUGUUGGCCCUCGACCUCCAUUUCCACAUGCAGUUCAAGUGCUGCCCUCCAUUCCUUGUCACGGUAUCCCAAUUCGGGGUCGACCUCCAGCAUACAACGUAGCCGCUCAAAUGGCAGCUAGGAUCAACCGAUUUGGAAGGGCGCAUUCACUAGAGGGCGUUACCUCCUACUAUCACACUGACCAUGAUGAGGAUGAUGAUGACAAUGCACAAGUCUCGGCUGUUUAAAUGUUUCUUCCUUUGUCCUCUGCCUUUCCCGGAAAACUUAACAUUUUCGGACCCUCUCAUAUAGUGCCACUCUCUAGUUUAUUUUAGGAAGAAAUUAAGUUUGAAAAAUUGUGAUGUUACUUGAGUAAUAUUUAUGUCUGAUUAAAGUAUUUGUUUGUUUCUACUACGUUGAAUAUUUUUCAGGAACUGUGGAGAAACGAAACUCAUGUAAUUCUAGAU